UAGACUGUCAUCGCGGUAGCAGUUUUCACAAAACAGCGCUCUCUUCCUUGCUCUGUCGGUCGGUGUAGAGCUCGUCCAACCCGUCCUUCAUCGAUCAUAACGUUUAUUAAUAAAGAGUAUAAAGUCCUGGAUGAUGAUCUGAAGAUCUCAGACUGAUGGAGCUGCUGCCCGUUCUGGAGCCGGAGGAGCGGCCCAAGAGCAGACAGUGGUACGUGGUGGUGCCCGGUGGAGCCGGUCCUGCCGUUUCUGUGGGUCACACCUGCACUUUUCGGCCCUCCGGCGAUGCAGGAAAGGGGCGGAUUGUAAUCGUCGGUGGAGCCAAUCCGGACGGCAGCUUCUCUGACUCUUACAUUAUCAAUCUAGAUACUCAUGAAUGGGAUAUUCCAGACUGGGACGGGCUGCAGGCGCGCUACGAACACUGCAGCUUUGUUCCCGAGAGCGACCCGCAGAGUCUGUGGGUGUUUGCCGGAGCCGAGAAGAGCGGGAACCGCAACUGUGUUCAAGUGUUGCGCACGGCAGCUGAUGCCGAAGGCCGCGGUUCGUGGCGGACGGUUCAGGUGAAAGGAACGGCUCCGACGGUCAGGACGUACCACACCAGCUCGGCCUGCGUCGGAGACAGACUCUACGUGUUUUCUGGAGGAGACGCCGGAGCGUCGCCCGUCGCUGAUCCUCAGCUCCACGUCUUCGAUACGGUCAGCGUGACGUGGCUGCAGCCGGAGAGCAGAGGAAGUCCUCCCGCGCCGAGGCACGGUCACGUGAUCACCGCCGUCGGCUCCCACGUCUACAUACACGGAGGAAUGGCUGGAGACAAGUUCCACAGCGACAUGUUCCUGCUCAACACCGAAACGAUGAAAUGGGAGAAGGUUAGAACUAAAGGAGACGUACCGCCAGGCGUAGCAGGUCAUUCAUCCAUUACCUUCGGGAAAAGCAUCUUCAUCUUUGGAGGAAUGACAGCCGACGGAGCCACAAACGCCAUGUAUAAGUUUCAGUGCGACAAACAGCGCUGGACGCGGCUGAGGUUCGACGGAGAUCUUCCUCCGAGCAGACUGGAUCACUCCAUGUGUUUAGUGCCGUGGCGCGUGAAGACACCUGAAGAAGACGCAGCUCAGUCACGUGACGCAGACGUGGAGCACCUGUGCUUCAUCUUCGGAGGGAUGGACACUCAGGGCGUCAUAUUCAACGACUGCCUCGUUACUGUGCUCACAUGAACGCUCAACUAGUUAAACUGUUAAAGAUUCGAUUUCCUGACAAUCCCUUGAUCCUGAAACUGUUUUCAGCUUUAAAACGAUUAAACUAGCUACUGUAAUUGUUCACCGUGUGUUUGGUAAUGAGUUGAUGACAAACAGGAAUCUCUGAGGACUUGUUUUUAUACUUGUUUGCUUGCUGAAUUGCAUCAGUGCUUCAAUGUAAAUGUUUCACACAAAAAUUAAAAUGUCAAGAAAAACA